AAACGUUGCUUGCGUGUUGUUUGGAUCACGUGCGUACGCGUUCCUCGCGCAUGGCGAUGUCUUUGAACCUAUGAUAAUGGCACAACUUUUUACAUAAUAAAUAAGCGAAAACGCAGAAGCUACUUGAAGCAGCAGAAUGUCGUUUUAGUUUCUGCGAGUAGCCAACUCUAUCAACUAGCAAGAAAAUCAUUGGAAUAUGUCUACGUUGCAUGGUUGUUUCGAAGCAACAGUUGAGCAAUACCCAUCAAGGACUGCUGUGGUGUACGAUGAUGGCAACAAGAAGUCUCAUCAGACGUAUUUGGAGUUGUCGCGGCGCUCAGAAGAGCUCUCUGCGUUAAUCAACAGGCACGGCAUUUCACAUGCUACCGUUGCGUGUCUAUGUGAUACUACAGCCAACGCUGUGGAUCUCGUUCUGGGGGUACUCAAGGCUUCCUGUGCAUUUGCUUUCCUGAGGUCCGAGUGUCCUGAAAAGUACAUUAAAGCACUUGUGGAUACAACUCCACUCUAUUUAGUUGCAGAGAAAUCACUGUAUGAUAAGUGCAGCCUUGCGACGAUUGAUGAGUGGUCUGUGCUCGAUGCAUUAUGGGACAGCAAAUUUAUAUUUGCUAGUUAUUUUCACAAUGCAAGAGCACAUAUUGAAGAGCCAACAUUGCUGGAGCCACAAAUGGCUUACACCAUGUUUACAUCAGGAACAACUGGUGAACCAAAGGUGGUCAGGGUUCCCCAUGAAUGUGCCUUGCUGAAUGUCCAACACUUACGAUCCAUUUUCAACAUCUCCAAAGAAGACAUAAUAUUUCAGGCAGCACCUAUGACAUUUGAUCCUUGUGUCAUAGAGAUCUUUCUGGCUCUUACAACUGGUGCCCAGCUGGUUUUGACAUCCGAGGCUGUCAAACGUAUCCCUCGAGCUCUUACGCAAUUGCUCAUUGACAACUCAGUUUCGAUUAUUCAGGCAACACCGAGUUUUGUUCGCAGCCUUAGUGCUGAUCGCAUCCGGAGCUCGCUGCUUACUGAAGCUUCACACUUGCGUGUCUUGGCCCUUGGAGGUGAAGAGUGCCCUGCCGGAGCCUGCAUAAAUUCCUGGAGACAGCCAGGAAACAGAACAGAAAUCUACAACCUUUAUGGAAUCACAGAGGUGUCUUGCUGGGCAGCAUGCUAUAGGAUUAGUCCUACCGACACAAGAGUUAUACCAUUAGGAGAACCACUGGAUGGUACUGUACUAGAAGUCAGAGAUGAUUCUGGAAAUGUUGUUGAAGAAGGAGAGGGCAUCCUUUUUGUCGGUGGAUCUACGCGGCGUUGCCUGGUCGGAAAUGAAAAGUGGAUACAUCUGGAUGCCUGCCACAUGCGCAGUUCUGGUGACAGUGUCAGAAAAUCUUCCAAUGGAUUAAUUUUCUUAGGAAGGAAGGAUUCUAUCUUUAAGUACCAUGGCAAGAAGAUCAACCCUGCAUACCUUGCAAGGCAGCUUCAGGAAAUGGGAAUGAUACAAAGUUGCCACACUUACUUCUCCAAAACAGAUCGGAUGCUGUAUUUCUUUGUCAUUCUGCACCCUACAUGCAUUGCUGAAGCUGCGACGACUCAGUUGAUACAAAUCCUUCAACAGGAGUGCCAGUGUCCCUUCCAGGUUGAAGUCGUUCCCAGAUGGCCACUCACUAGCCAUGGAAAAAUAGACGUUGAAGCCCUUGUGGCUCAUCAGAAGAAGCGAAGACUGCAAAGUUCCUUUCCUGAUCUUUGUAUGGUAUUGGCCAGACUUUGGAAUGCCUUAACAAUAAGAAAUGGUGGCACAGUUGUUUCUGCAGAUUCAGAGUUCGUUGCUGCUGGUGGGAACUCACUGGGUGCUGUGAGCAUUUCACAGGAACUGGAGUUUGCUUUGGGCAGCCCUCUGCCACUUCUUGUGGACAAGAUUCUGCAUGAGAAGUUUUCAAAUGUUGAGGGAUAUUUGGCCACCAUGACACAAAGCCGUGAGCAAUCAGCUUGCCCUGUUCCUGCAAAACGAGCAAGACAACUACACGUACCUACAUGGAACACUUUGUCUGAACCAACACGUGUGAAGCGUUCGUCUUGUUUUACGUGCAUAACAAGAUUUGAGACUUGGCAACAUUGUUGCUGUGCUGAGAGCUGUCAUCAACCGAAGAGGAUAGCUGGCCCCAAUCGUGGGAGGCUAACUGUCUCUGAAAGGUGGAAAUACAGCCUGGAGAAAUGCAUUGAUGCAUCUCCUCUUGUUGUCAGCUAUGAAAGGGGUGACACGGUUGUGUUCAUAGGGUCACAUGCAGGCCGCUUUUGUGCCUUGAAUGAGAAGUCCGGGGAUUGCUUCUGGGAGAUGUCAGUUGCUGACAGGAUAGAGUCUUCAGCCACCCUUUCCACCUGUGGCAAAUAUGUUGCAUUCGGUUGCUAUGAUCACCGCAUUUACUGUGCUGAUGUUGUGGAUGGUAGUGUUAAGUGGGCGUUGAGCACUGGUGCAGAAGUCAAAAGCUCACCCACCACAAACAGGAUCAACUGCUCAUUCCUUUGUGGGUCUCAUGAUAAAUGUCUUUACUGCAUCAGUCAGAAUACUGGUAACCUCCUUUGGAAGCAGCGCCUUUCAGAAGGAAGCAUCUUUGCAUCCCCAUCUGUUUCAUAUGAGCCAUACCAAAUAUACGGAGCAACUCUCGAUGGACUGGUUGCAGCUUUGUCUCCUGAACACGGAGCUCUGCUAUGGAUUUGCAAACUGGGCAAGCCUAUCUUCUCUUCACCUGCUGUUUGUGACAGUGGAGUGGGAAUUUGCUGUGUUGACGGCAAAAUUUUCUUCCUUGAUCAUUUGAAUGGCUGCAAGCUGUGGACGGCAGAAACUGGUGGUCCAAUAUUCUCAACACUUUCAGUGUCCACUGGUGAUGGAGGCCCAUCUCUAAUCGUUGGGUGCCAUGAUAACCAUGUCUACAAACUUUCUAGUAAAGACGGGAGUGUGCUUUGGAAGACCCUUCUCAAUGCACCUGUCUAUUCAACAUUAUUUUGUUUCAAUAAUGAGGAGACUUAUGUUGGUGCAAGCACGCAAGGAAACUUGUGUAUAAUUGACAGUCACCGUGGAGAAGUGCUCAGCUCAUACCAUUUCGACAAUGAAGUCUUCUCAUCGCCAGUUGUGCUUGAAGAUGACAUUAUUGUUGGCUGCAGGGACAAUUAUGUGUACUGCCUUCAUUUUGAAAGUAAAUAUUUGAGCUGACAGAGAGAUUCCAAUAUGUGUCUGUCAAUGUAGCAUAAAAAGCAAAGCAUGGUGUGCUUUUAGGGUAUUACUUUGUUUCUCCACUUAUAAUUCAGUCUGCAUGUUAAGAACAAGUGUGUGUUGGUAGUGUCUUCAUAUGUGGUAUGUUCAAUACCCCCGGCGUUCAUGAAACUGGUGCCGGAAAAGUUCCGCCGGUGCCAGUAUUAUGCAUAAGUGGUGCAGCAGGUAUUGGUUCAGCAUGUUGCAGGCGCUUUUGAAUGGAGCACUGAGGUGUACGUCAGUCCACCUCAGUGCUCAGACGUCAGUCCAAAUGUUUAAAGGUGCGUUUUGUUUCGUCCCAGUCGCCAUGUCUUUCUCAAAUGAGCAGAAGGAAAACGUGACCCUUGCCUUGGCAGCUGCAAAUGGCAACAAGAGGAAGGCCGCAAAUAUAUAUCAGUCAUGGAAGUGUGGCGGUAGACCAAAUGCAUUGACUGUCAUCAGUAAUUAUGAGAACCUCAGACAAACCGGCAGCUUCAAGAAACAGCGGCGAAGGAUUCCAUCUUUGAGUUCUAGCCUACGCACAGAUAUUCUACCAUUUAUGGCCUCAAGCCCUCAUGCUAGCGUGUGGGACUUGGCCACCCAGGUACCAAUUUACAUGUCAUCAGUUUGGAGGAUUCUAAAUGACAGCCGUUCACCUGUACCACCUUAACCAGCACCAAUGCUUGGAAGAUAAGGACCUGUAGAAUCGCCUAGAUUUCUUGAAUUGGGUUCUCACAAAAGCUGAUGUGUCACCGGACUUUUUGAGCAACAUCAUGUGCACAGAUGAAGCCAAUUUUCGCAGAAACGUCAAGGUAAAUUUGCAUAAUGCAUACUAUUGGAGUGACUCCAAUGCACUCUGGGUAAAGCGCAAUCGGCACCAGUACCAGUGGUCGCUCAAUGUGCGGUUCGGUAUUUGCGCCGGUGCUAUAAUCUGCCCCAUCUUCUUCGAUCACACACUGACUGGACAACGUUACGUGGACGAAAUCCUUGAAGGAAUGGUGGAUGAGUUUCUCAGCGAAGUCCCACUGUCAUGUCUUCCACUUCUAUCGUAUUAGCAGGAAAAGGCACCCGCACACAGCAGCAGCCGAGCACGAAACUGGCUGGAUGCAAGUUUUCACACGCAAUAGAUUGGAAAGGCCGGGCCUGUAAAUUGGCCGGCUAGGUCACCUGACCUCUCUCCACUCGAGUUGUUUCUUUUAGGUAAUGUGAAAGAUGGUGCCUACAUAAUCAAGACCCACGUCAGAUUAACUCAAGGCAAGGAUAACGGAUGCCGGCCGUAGAAUUCGAGUGUCGGUCAUCAAGAAAUCCAUUGAAGAUGUGACAAAGCGGACUCAGUACUGCGUAGCUGUAGAAGGAGACCUAUCCGAACACGUCCUCCAUAGCAGCACCUUAUGUUCAACAGCGCUUACAAAUUCAUAGAUAAUAAGGGCACACUGAAGUCUGAUGUAUUUGUUGUUUUUGUUUGUGUGCAGGUGUUGCGAUUGCAAAUUCGGCUAAUUUAGAAGUGGUUAUUUACUUUCUUGAACCCAUCGUUUUUGCCUUUUCUCAGCACAUGGGUCGCUUUCUGGUCUGUUUAUUUUGUUUUUAUUUUAUGUCAUGAACCUGUUUUAGCAGCACGUAUACACUCUCAUGAAAAAUAAAACCGUCACUUUUAUUUGA